UGACUGCUUGAUGCCAAGCAUCCUGUUCAUAUUGCCAUCGACAUCAUUCCUCCAGUACACGCGUGUAGUACUUCCUCCACAUAAAGCUUAGCCUCCAAAUAAUUCAACUACAGAUUCACAAAGAUAGGUCGGCAAAAAUGCGGUGGAAACAACUUAUCUGCUUGCUCGUCCCCUUCGUUCGGGCGGAUAGUCCCCCUAAAGACCCGACCCCCGUCACGCGCAUCGCAAAAACCCUCACCUCGGCGCCCACUGCAACUUCAUCUGCCUCGAAACCGACGGUUGUAGUAGAUCGAUUCAAGUACGUCCCGGCGACCCGAGGCCGGGAGCUAUGUUGGUACGACAGCUUCGUCGAUAAGAUCGACAUGCCCAUCAGGCGCGGGCACUAUUCCGCCGAGAUCCUCAAAGCCGUCUAUGACUGCCAGGAUAAAUGCAGACGGCCGCUCUCUAACGGUGACGAGUGCAAGUAUGCCUACUACGUCAAGGGAGGUCCUAGGUCUAAUGACAUUUGCCUAUUGGACAACAAGGGCUUCAACCCCAAGAUGAUAAAUGGCACUGGUCCAUAUGAUUCUUGGGUCUGCGUUGGCAGCGAUAAGAUCAAUCAGGCCUGAACUUGAGUGAGGGUUUGGAUGCGUUGUACAUACCUAGCAGCUCUAGGAUGCGAGCAUCGAUCAAAUGUUGGAAUUUGAAGCUUGGCCAUAUCAGCAUCACCAAGGGACGAAACAUGGCGCCCGUAUUUGACCCGAUCAUACACAGUAUGGCUAGAGACGCAGUAUUCGAUAUCACAAAAUCAAGCUUUGCGACUUAUGAGCACAAUUCAGUCGGCAAUCUACUUGACCACUGCAUUGGUUUCAGCAACAGA